AUGCUGGCACCCGCUGAUAUACCUAUAAGGUAUUAUAAUGUCACAGGCUACCAGAUGUCACAGGCUACCAGAUGUCACAGGCUACCAGAUGUCACAGUCUACCAGAUGCCACAGGCUACCAGAUGUCACAGGCUACCACAUGUCACAGGCUACCAGAUGUCACAGGCUACCAGAUGUCACCGUCUACCAGAUGCCACAGGCUACCAGAUGUCACAGGCUACCACAUGUCACAGGCUACCAGAUGUCACAGGCUACCAGAUGUCACAGGCUACCACAUGUCACAGGCUACCAGAUGUCACAGACUACCAGUUGACACAGAUAACCAGAUGUCACAGGCUACCAGAUGUCACAGACUACCAGUUGACACAGAUAACCAGAUGUCACAGGCUCAUUGAUGUCACAGGCUACCAGAUGUCACAGGCUACCAGAUGUCACAGGCUACCAGAUGUCACAAACUACCAGUUGACACAGAUAACCAGAUGUCACAGGCUACAUAUGUCACAGGCUACCAGAUGUCUUAGACUACCAGAUGUCACAGGAUACCAGAUGUCAUAG